CGUCUUAUUAUAGCCGCUAAUUUUAUUCAGUCGGCAAGCGCCGCGUCAGUCCCGCAACACAGCAUCAUUUGUUUUCAUGAGCCUGGUACACCACUGACGAGUGAUGGCUACAGAGACGCCCAGCCACUACGAUGUUCUCCAAAACGACAAAUACGGACGUUAUUUGGUGGCAAAUAAGGAUUUAGAAAGUGGUGAAUUAAUAUUUACGGACACACCGUUCGCUGUCGGCCCAAAGCCCGACACCCCUCCACUAUGCCUCGGCUGCUACAUCCCGGUGGAGAACACUGUGUGUUCCCGGUGCGGCUGGCCCGUGUGCGGCGCGGAGUGCGAGGCGGCGCCCGCGCACCGGGCCGAGUGCGCGCUGUUCGCCGCCGCCAAGGUGCGCUUCCAGCCCGUCGAGGACUGGACCGCAGCCGCGCCGCAGCUGGACUGCAUCACACCAUUGAGGUUGCUUCUGGCAAAAGAGAACGACCCCGACCGUUGGGAGCGCGAGCUAGCCGCGAUGGAAACGCACACUGCGGCGCGCCAGCAGCGGCCCACGUGGGCGGCCGACCAGGUCAACAUCGCCGACUUCCUGGUGGACCACUGCAAGCUCGGCAGCCGCUUUGAAAAGGACCUGGUGCAGCGCGUCUGUGGGAUCCUUGAAGUGAACUCUGUGGAAGUCCCGUCCCGUGUGGGUUUCAGCGUUCGCGCCAUCUACCCUCGGCUCGCUAUCUCCGCGCACAGUUGCGUGCCAAACAUUGUCCACACCAUCUUACAGAAUGAUUACCAGGUCCUAGUGAGAUCAGCAGUUCCCAUCAAGUCAGGAGAGACGCUGCACCUGUGCUACACCCACGCGCUAUCCCCCACGAUCGUGCGGCGCGACUAUCUGCUGGAGUCCAAGUUCUUCAGCUGCGAAUGCGCGCGCUGCGCCGACCCCUCUGAGCUCGGAACCCACCUCAGCACGUUGAAAUGUCAAAAGUGUGAUAAUGGGGUUAUUAUGGCGAGCAAUCCAUUAGACGACGAAGCACCUUGGACAUGUUCGGACAAGAAGUGCCAGUUCAAGACGUCGAGCGCGGCGAUGCGCAAGCUGCUGGGCGUGGUGCAGGCCGAGCUGGACCAGCUGGACGCGCUAGAACCCGGCCCGCAGGCCAUCGAGCAGCGCGAGGCUACUCUCAAUAAGUACAAGUCGGUGUUCCACCCGCGACACGCGCUGCUGCUAUCUCUGAAGCAUUCUCUGGCGCAGUUGUAUGGGCGCGUGGAGGGGUACGCGCUCGACGACCUGCCCGACCUCGUGCUGGAACGCAAGGCCGACUUCUGCCGCCUCGUGCUCAGCACGUUUGACGUCAUCACACCUGGGGAGACCAGGAUGAGGGGCAUGAUGCUAUACGAGCUGCACGCGCCGCUGAUGUUCCUCGCCCGCAGCGAGUUCAGCGCGGGGCUGAUCACGCAGGAUCAGCUGAAGGACAAGCUGCAGGAGCCCGUGCGCUGCCUGCGCGAGGCGGCACGCAUCCUGGCGCGCGAGGACCCCGCCAGCCCCGAGGGCAUCACCGGACAGAUCGCGCAACAGUCUAUGGAGCAGCUGCUAGCGAGCCUCGACUCGCUGUAGUCAUAAAAAACUAAUUUAUUAAAGCACUUUUACAAGUCCCAGUAUUAACCCUACCACUGCUUCAGGAAAAUAAAUGGGCCAGUGCUGAGAAGCAGCGCAAGAAACUCGGUCACUAUUGCCUUAUGGCAUUAAGUUCGCCUAAUGUUAAUAUUUUUGGCAUUGAAGUAUAAAUAAAUAAAUAUUGUCAGCCUCUUUUUCAACGGGUUACAGACUUUAAGGACAUAUUGCUAGACCCUUCUCAAUAUUUUGCGACUGCAAUUAAUAUAAUUUUGGUUAAUGUAAUAAGCUUUUAUUUCUGAUUUUUGGAAACUGGCAUUUUAAGCAAAUGAAAGACAGACUGUUCCAAAUAUCGCAAGUUUCCUAUAACGCAUUGUAGAAUGUAGACUAGCAGACUGACU